AUGAACUCAACACCGGUGUUCCCACCAAUAAUGGUAGAACGUAUCAACGAAGUGGUCCAAGAGGUUUUCAGAGAACACGGGUUGGUCUCCCUUCUAACAAAUAUAUUCUUCACAGAUUCUUGCGAUAAUCAUGAAAACCCAGACUUCGAUGCUCUAAUAUACCAGUACAUUACUGACACUUACGAUAUCCCAUUGGAAGAAAAACCCCUUUUUAUGGCGACAUUUUCACGAAAUAUUUUGAAAAACACUCUCAGUGUAUAUAGGAUAAUCUAUAAGUUUGACGUGUGGAUGAUUCUGUUUACAAUUCUCCUCAUUGUUGGUCUUCUUGGAAAUAGUUUAUCACUCUUGGUUCUAGUUCGUAAAGAAAUGCAAAAAAACUCCAUGUAUCUAUACUUGUCGGUCUUAUCAGUAGCCGAUACACUGGUCUUAGUUCAUUUUUAUUUGCUAAAUGUAAGACGGUUGCAAAAUUACUUCUCGAGCGUAGCUUGCAAAUUCACCUACGUCUUCUUGAAUACAGUGAAAUAUUUAGCUGUCUGGUUGAUUGUAGCCGUUACAGUAGAGCGUUUGAUAGCUGUUUGCUACCCAUUGAAGGCAGCUUCCAUAUGUAGGAGGAAGAUUGCCGUGCAGGUAACUGGUGUUUUGCUGGUCAUCUUUUUUGCUGUGAACAUCCACUAUUUCUGGAGCGGACAGUUAGAGAUGUUAUUUGUCUUAUACUGCAAAGUUUUAACUUUGUCUAAACGUUCAAAACAGUUGGUAAGAAAUGCACUAAUCUACGAAGUGACACCAUUUGGAACCAGACUCUGCCCUCUUCAGAUGAUUAGUUACUGUGCUUGUAACAAUACACUAAGUCUAGGUUAUUGGAAUUUUAAAACAAAGUACAAUCCUUGGCUCGAUGCAUUUUUCUACUCCUUCUUACCGUUCGUAAUUAUCAUCAUUCUCAACACGUUAAUCGUACAACGCUUAAUUUUGGCUGAAAAGGAGAGGCGUUUGGUGUUGAAUCAGCCACAGUCCUCGGUCAGUAACCCUGGAAAUUGUAAUAAACAUGGAUGGAGAAAAAUAUUUGCCAUAGGUCGCAAACUUCCGAACAGCGAUAAGUCAUCCACAGUUGGAGAAACAAGUUUCUCAUUCAUCUCCAGUAAAGAAAAUUUAAAACACGAUGAACAUCCAACAAACAAUUCAAAUUCGCAAACUCAAAACACCGAACAACGUCUCAAGAUUCAGACAAAUAUUAAUUCGAAGCCACAACAAAGUGCAACAACAGCCAAAGGUUCAGCAACUACGAAGGAUUCGGACCGCCUCAAAUAUCCAAAACCUUCUAAUGCUAUUAAACCAUUCCACAAAUUUCUUCCUCUACUGUGCUACCGGUCAAAAAUUUCGGAAAGAAUUGACCAAAAUGCUUCAGCUAUGGAAAUCAUGUUCAACGUCUGUCGUAAGCCGUCUGGCUUGCUGUUCAUCUUCUCGUCAUUCCACAACCCAAACGGACAAAAAAUAAGAUUCGUAACAGAAUAUGAAUACAAAUAUAAAGAUAAUCCAUCAAGAGAGAUCGAAUUGGCAGAUGACACAGAUGUCGGUUCGGCCACAUUCUAUGUCGUCCCACUGGAAUGUGUUGAGGAAUGGAUGCAAGCAGCCUGUCAUAGAAUUGUGAAACAAGACAAAAAGGACUUCCAGAAUUCCUGUACCAAAUCCCUGCCGUCCAUAUCGUCCAGUCCCAUUGAUUUGUGCACUGGCUAG